CCUUGAAGUGCUUAGCCUCUCCAUAAGGUCGUGUGUGCCUUUAUACAUUGCCAUCUCAGGAAAUUCAAGUCUGCACGAAGUCAGUGCAGAGGGAUUCCAUGCAUCAUGAAUGAUUCAAUCUGUUCUGAUUAUAGCGAUAAACGAAAGCGGCUCGUUCACUGGGGCCCAAUAUGUACGCUCUGGAUCAUAUUUUUCAUCACUUUCAGUAGUUUAUGGAGCGUUCUGCAAGUAUUACCUCCAUUUUCCUCAACAUUUGGCCUGAUAUUAUCUAUCUGCAUUUGUUCGUGCUUCUAUGUGACUUUAAAGUCUUAUUUUUGUGCAGUAUUUGUUGGUCCAGGGUUUGUUCCUUUUCAGUGGAGGCCAUCUGACCGUAUAUUUGAAGAAAAACUUCAGUUUUGCAAUGUAUGUAAGGGCUUUAAACCUCCUCGGGCACAUCACUGCCGAUCUUGUGACCGGUGUGUUAUGAAAAUGGAUCAUCAUUGUCCAUGGAUAAAUACAUGUUGUGGUCAUCUUAACCACGGAUACUUUCUAAUAUUUUUGUUAUUUGCCCCAUUUGGAUGUAUUGCUUCUGGUGUGGCUUUAUCAGUUUCCAUUUACAGAAAUCCAGCAUUUUUCCCCAGUGUACUUUUACGGAGACCGACAUCAAAUAUUUUCUUCUUCAUAGCUGAUCUACUUAUCACAUUGUUUGCUUUGGGUUUGGCUGUUGGAGUAACGCUGUCCGUUGGAAUUUUAGCGAUUCUUCAGUUGAAAGCCGUUUCACGUAAUCAGACAGGAAUAGAGUCAUGGAUCGUGGCUAAGGCAAAAGUUUGGAGGAAAGAUUUAGGAGAAGAGCGACCGUUCCGGUACCCAUAUGAUCUCGGAAUUUUUGAAAAUUUUCAACAGGUGUUUUCACGUUCUGACAGUUCUAUGAAUGAUGGAUACUACUGGCCUGUUUUAGAAGGAUGCACUCAAUAUGAUUUGACGAUGGAGCAAAUUUACCAGAAGAAACUAAAGCAACAAGUUCGGCGCGUAUUCACGAUUACUAAGGCAUAUGAUGGAAGUUGGUGUAUGUGCUUCCGUUAUGGUUGCUUGACUGUGAUUCGUUCUCCAUAUUUAGAAGAGCGAAGAAUAUCAGUCAGCGUAGGUGAUACUCUGCUGGUGACAAGGAAAACAAAGUGAGUGAAAUAUGAAGCACAUUUAAUAUUUAAUUGGAUGAUGGUGACUAGCAGUGGAAUCCAGGAUGCGCACUUCGUCCUAUUUGGGACUCGUCAACUGGAUGCACAAUUAAUAUUGUUUCAUUUCAAUACUAGGUUUAAGUACUUAUCCACUUAUCUCUAAUCUGUUUGUUUUAGCUGUUAUCGUCUGUCGAUGUUGUAGCUAUUUUGCAUAACUAGUUUCCCGAAGAACUCAUUCUCAAAUAAUUCUGUCUUGCAUUAGAAUCGAAAGCUGUGUGCAUGUAUUGGAUUGUAUAAUAUCCGUAUUUUGUGUUUAUUAGUGAGUUGCUUUUUGAUAUAUUCUUAAAGUAGAAGGAAAAUUUUUUUUUAUAAAUAAGAUUUUAUUUUGAUAAAUCACACAGUUAUACAGUAAUAUUAACUGAUGACGUUUCGAGCACAAACUGUUGCUCAUAAUCAUAUCAAGUCACUCAUACAACUUUUUCCUUCAUUUAUAUACAUGAGUGGGAUUGAUUAGAUAUUUGGAUAAAAAAUCAGUAUAGGAUAAUGUACAUUCAGAAAUAAUAAUAAUAUGAGUGUUAUCAAUCAAAUACAAUCAGAUGGGAAAUAAGACGAGUGCUUUUUUAGUCAUAAUAAGUUACCUGUAAGAAUGUUGUGAUUUGCUUGAAUUUAAAUAGAAUUUUGAGAUUAUUUAUUAUCCUCUUCUGAUUUCACUGGCGGUAAUAAUAUUUUCCAUAUUUCUGGUAUUUGCAUUGAGUCAUUUCUGUUGCAUGUGUUGGGUGUAGACUCAAUGAACCAGGAUUCAGUAAUCAAUCUCUCUCUCUCCACUUACAUGAAAAGUGAUGUAAAUUCUGCAGCUUGCCACUUCAAGCAAAAGCUGUAUAAAUAAGGAAUCAAGAGUAGGGAGAUGAAACACGUGUUCAGCAUUGUAGUCACAAUGUAUGCACAGCGAAUCAGUACAACUGAUAAGAACAGCCUAAUGUAUCAUCUUUUGCUCGAAGCAUUUUAGGUGAUCUCUUGAUGGUGGUUGUCAUUAGACCAUCUCAUUGUGGAAUAGUUUGUCAUGAUUUGACAGCUAACGUGCAUCAUGCAAAUAUCUGUUUUUUAUUUACCAGGUAUUGGAUUUAUGGACAGUUGGUUCAAUCUGAAAUUCCUAUUCAACAUUGCGUGGGAAGUCCAAUGAAAAUUCGAGGAUGGGUUCCCCGUGUUUGUGCUUCGGAAGUUAAAUCUAAACAAGAAAUUGACAGGUUAACAGGCUCACUUAAGACCGACUGAAAAGUUGAAGUUUUUACGAAAACAGUAGGAUAUUUUCACGGGGAAUCAUUGGAUUGUAUUUCGAACAUUUUUAGGUUGUUGAAGUUAUUCAUCUUCUUGAAUACUAAUUUUUAAUUUGACAUAUAUAUUUCUUUAUUAAAAAAUAUGCCUGAG